AUGUCGUCCGAACUCCCCCGUAACUUUUCCACCGACAGCGCCCGGCCGCAUACGCCGCCCUCUACCAGACCCUCCAUAUCCGUGCUGUCGUCCAAACAAGACCAAUUGAAGCUCGUAACACGACAGGACUACCCUGAAGAUCACCCCAGCCCGACAUCUGAUGAAGUCGAUCGGGCGGUGUGGGCGGGAGCAUCGGACUCUGACCUGGACGAUUCCACCGACGAUUCGACGCCGCACCCGAGCACUCGCGCGCCGUCCCGGUCCGCCACCACACGUACCAAGUCCAAGAAGUCGAUCUUCUCCUCAAUCUUCUCAAAGUUCGCUAAGACUGGCAAGCGUUUUGGCUUCGUACCAAACAGCAAGAACUUCAUCCCAUCCACCAAGCUGCGUCUCUUCCAGCCUCGUCCAACACGUCUUAACCCGCAAACAGUGCUCCAACAUCAGAUCAUCGCCGAACUCUUCGAUGGUAGACUCCACCUUGCCCCGGUCGUGAAGGCCAGGGCCGUUCUGGACAUUGGCACUGGGCCAGGGUUAUGGGCAUUACCGGCUGACAUGGACGCAGGAAUACGGCAAGUUGCUCAUGUUGGCUUUCAAGGCCUCAUAACGUGGUCCACACUAACCCUUGUUCCAACAACAGCCAAGAAGAAUCCCAACUGUGCCGUACUGGGGAUUGACAUUGAGAAGGUUCGCCCACCAUAUUCGGUGUCCAACUGCUCAUUCAAAAUCAUGGACGCGACAGCGGAUUGGAACCUAAACAGGCAAUUCGACUUUAUCCAUGUCCGUAUGCUUGGUGAUGUGUCAGAGAAGGAACAACUCAUCAAGUCCGUCUACGACCACUUGAAUCCUGGCGGCUGGGCUGAGUUCACAGAGUGGAUUGCCAUACUCCAGUCUCCAAACCGAUCCUUGGAGGGCAGCGCAUUCCACAAAUGGAAUCUGCUGCUCCGACAAGGCCUGCAGAACAUGGGACGAUCGCUACACUAUCCGAACCAUUACCAGCCUAUCUUAGAGAAGGCCGGCUUCGAGAGGAUGAAGAUAACGAAGCAUGCUGCCCCCACGAACUCGUGUUAUCCGGGCAAGAAGUGCCAAAGAUUCGGUGCCAUGAUGACCAAGAACUGGAAUGCCAUCAUCGAGCCGCUCAGUGUCCCGGUUUUCACCAUUGGUCUCGGCUGGACCGAGCCCCAAGUGCUUGCGUUGGUUAAAGACGUCCGUGAAGAGAUUGGCGAUACAAACUACCAUUCGUUCAUGACAUUGUAA